UAAAAGCUUUGGCCUGUGUUUGCGGCCGUUUCAGUUCAACUUCAACGCGUCGUCGUCCUGUCGUCCUGUCGCUCAACAUUCUCGCAGAAACAAAGAAACAAUUAAAGUGCAAACCACAAGCCGCAAGCCGGAAGGAAGUGCAUACCACAAGUGCUUCCCCAGCUCCACCUCAGCUACACAGCUCCUCCAGCUUGCUUCUCCCACCGCGUUGCAUGUUGCAUUGUGCCGCAGAAACUUUCGGUAGUCGUCUGUCCCCACCACCCAUGUCGCUGAUAAAAUGAAAGCCGACAACUUCCUUAAGUACGGUGCCCCUUUGUACAAUUCGAAAAGUGUCCGGAGCCACUCGCAGAGUCAACCGCAAGGCAGCCACAUCGGAAACAUCGCUAACCUGACAUCGUCCUCGCUCCUGACGAGCGACGACUUGCGUCAUCUAACCCAGCAUCGUUCCGCAGGAUACUCGGACAGGGAGAGCAUCGCCAGUGUGAGCAGUGCGGGUGGCAGGAUUAAGAGGCGAUCGAGAAACUUCCCGAUGAAGUCGUCGAAGGGCAUCAGCAAGAAGAGCAAGACCAUGGAUUACACCAACUACGCCUACAAUGAGGCCGUGGGUCGCCUUAAGGUAAUGCUGGCCGAUAACACCUACGUGGCACCGAAACUGGGCGGUGGGACUUCUUCCUAUUUACGGAAUUUCAAUGAGGAUUCCGGAGACAACUUCUCCGAUAACUUAUCGGUUAUUGAGCGACCUGUCUUUUCGGACAUUUCUAAGUACUUGUCGCCAAGUCAAAAGUCACGGAUUACUUCGUAUCGUCCCAAAAAGAGCUACACUUCCGGAUAUAUAUCUUCCUCCAAGGAAAAUCUAGCUUCCAAUCCGGUUAUCUAUCCGAGCAGCUCUGUUCCAUCUGCUCCUCUGCCCGCCGACAGUGUACCAGCUCCGGUGGAGAUCUUCAGCUUUAUAGAGAAACAGGAGGACUAUAUCGAACAGUUGGAGAAGGAGUCCAAGUACUGCCGCAACGAGCUGACUAAUCUCCUUGGCAAAGUCAAGGAUGUUAUUAAUGAAAACGAGCAGCUGACGGAGAAUGCAAGAUCCGAGUUGGUGGCCCUGGGAUCAGGAAAGUCUCAGCCCGUGGUGGCCACUACAAGUCCAUCAUCGGACAGCGAUGAGCAUUUGGUUUACGGAAGUGGACGAAAGACACCCACAACCCCUAGAAAAGGAGGCUCCAAGGUGGUUCAGGUGCAAAGUCCUCGAUACGCCAGUGCUCCGAAUAUCGUUUACGAGGCCAGGAUCAGUGAACUGGAGGCGGAGCUGAUGCAGGCCAGCAUCGAUUUGAGGCGCCUGCGUACGGAGAAUGAGGAGCUCAAGCGGAAGCUGUCUCACACAGAUCCCCUAUCCACGGUGGCCACCCUGACCGGGGGAGCCAAUUGCGAUCUGCACCGUAAGCAGCUGGAAUCUUUGCAGCAGGAUAAACUUAAUCUGGAGGAGAGUGUGCGCCAUUUGCAGCGGCUCCUGGACGAAGCCAAGGCUCACAGCCAGGGCACCGCCUCGUCCAAGAGGUACAUCAACGACCUGGUACAGAUGGAGAGAUCCCAGGCAGAGCUGGAGGUCCGCCAUCUCCGGGAUGAGCUGGACAGACAGCAUGAAAGGGUGCGGGAGCUGCAACACGAAAUGGCCCGGAGAUUGGCCGAGGAGCGUGCCAGUGCCGAAAGGCGCUACAACAGCCAGGUGGACCAACUGGGCGGAGAUCUCAGCUGCCAGUGGGAGCAGGUGGCCAAACUGCAGCUGGAUCUGGAGCGGCAAAAGCGCUAUGAAACGGAUCUCAAGCGGGACGUGGCCAGUCGGAAUUCGCAGAUUGAAGAGCUCAAGAUGGAGUUGAGGGCCAAUAGGACAACCUUCUUGGCGGAUAUGGCCCAGGUGAAUGCUGAGAAGCAGUCCCUGGAGCAGGAGAUCACCUCGCUCCGACUUCAGUUGGACCGGGCUGCCAGGGAGACCAAAACCGAGGCAGCUCGUCUCACGGCUGAAAUAAACUCAUUGAGGCAGCGACUUGAUAGGGGAGAUGCCGAUCUUCUGCACUCCAAGAGGGAGGUCCUGCGUCUCAAUGACGAAAUAGCCAACCUGGAGAAAGAGCUGGCCUAUGGAGAACUUAAGAACGAGGUUCGACCCACCAAAAAGGAUUUAGACAAGCGUAUCUCGGAGCUACAGGAUAAGCAUGCGGAAACGGUAAAUGAACUUGAGGAAAUGAUAACAUCUCAGAAGCAACUCAUGGAUAAACUGACGGGCGAGUGUAAAACCCUGACGGGCAAGUUAGAGGACACGACCUACAAGCACAAUUUGGAGAAACAACAGCUACGUGCCACAAACGAGCAGCUGAUGUCACGCCUCAGACAAAUCUGGGCCAAAUACAAAUCACAAUUACCAGUGCACCAAGGAUCCUUAGAGCCGAGCUUUGAGGAUAUGCAAGGAGAUGAUGAGCACUUGAUGAAAACUUUAUCGCCGCUUACGACUACCAGGCAGCCACAUAUGGCACCACAAUCGAUCCCAUACAAAGCACCCCACAACCACACAACAGCGCCGGCGACGACGACUACUCCACUGCAGCCGGCGGAGUCUUGGACGGAACAGCAGAUCCAGCAUCUGCCACAGCAGUUGCAACAACACCAUCAUCCGCAGCAACAGCUUCUGCUGCAGCCACAGCAGCAGCCAGUAUUGCUGCCGCAGCAGCAACUGGUCGCAAGAGCAGCAUUAGCAAUGGAAAAGGACUCCUCUCGGAUUACGGACUCCACGAUAACGAUGACGAGAAUCUCAAGGACAACCUUGGCCUGGGCGAAAAGCAACAGCAGCAGCAACAGGAGCAGGAGCGGCAACGCGAGCGCGAGGAAAGAGACCGCGAAUUGCAGCAACUACGGGAACAGCGAGAAAAGCGGGAAAGGGAGCGGGAGCGGGAGAGGGAACGGGAGCAGGCCGAGCAGCAGCAGCAGGCGGAGCAGCAGAAGCAGCAGCAGCAAUCCCUGCCAGAAAGCAACAUCAGCAACGCCGGCAGCGCCAAUCUGGCCGCCUACAACACGGACUACAGCGCCUACGAUCAGCAACAGUACGAUGCGAGUGCCUACGAUCCCAACGCCUACGCCCAGCAGCAGUACGAGGGCCAGCAGUACGACUACGGGGAUCCGGGGGCCGGCUACGACUACGGAACCACCGAUUACGGACAGACUGGAUACCAGUAUGACACCACGCCAGCAGGCUCCGCGGCCACACAGCCGCAGCCCGCUUACCAGGCAGCUCCUCAGCAGCGAGUGGAUUACCAACGAUCGCCACCAGCGUCAGCGGCGACAACGGGCAUCACGUCACCGCCAGCCACAACAACAGGCGGAGGCGGAGGAUCAGCCGGAUCUCCUGGUGCCGGAGCAGGAUCUGCAGCACCUAUACCCACUGCGAGCCGACCACAACCGCGCUCGGGCAGCGGAGCUGUGGGGUCAACAGCUCCUGCUGUCGGAUCAGUCGCCGGCAGCAAAUCCACUCUGCCACAACAGCCUGCCCCGACCUCCGCCGGCAAGAAGUAGCUGGAGUCCCGACUGCGAGGACCACCUGCCUCUGGAGGGCUCCAUCAGUAGCCCUAGCUUGAUGCGCUCCUCAAACGACGAGACCUGCUCCGAGCUGGCCGAUCUCAGUGAGACAUUCAUCCUCCUACCGGACUACGGAGGCGGAGGCUCCCACUAUGAAGAGGAGGAAGAGCUAAGCUUGUCUCCGGCUCACACCACCAUAAUCACGGCAAGAAGGUCGAGUGCUCCGGCAGCCAUACAGCAGCAGGGGGUCAUUGCCAACGAAACAGUCGUCAUCGUGCGCGAUAUAGAUCCAGAUCAGGAAUAAUGGCACUCAGUUCUCCAGCAAAAGAUUUUUUCAGUAAAAAUAAAUAUUGUACUUUCUGCUCAUGUGUUCCGCAAUAAACCAGUAACCGAAAUUCUUGUUUUUUAA